AUGGACGGACAAGAUAGGCCCAGGACGAUAUGGAGAAUCUUAAAGCAACGGCUGGGAUUCACUGGGCUAGCCUGUUGUGGUUCCACUUGGAACCUAAGAGUAUCAGAAGAGGCCCAAUUUGAGGCCCAAUUAGAAGAGCCCAUGAUUGUAGCCCGUCAAGGGAACGUGAACCUUGCUACAGCUCUAGCAGCAGAGCGUCGAUUUCAGAGCGUGGAUGCCACGGCGCAACUGAAGACGUUGAUGAGAUUAUUUGAGGAAACGGACGGUGGAGAUGAGAAGAAGAGGAGUCUCAAGUGGUAUAUUAAAGAAGAAGGAGGUGCAGGUGGAAUUGAUGACAUGUGCUGCGUGUGCAUGGAGAGGAAUAAAGGCGCGGCGUUUAUCCCCUGUGGACAUACCUAUUGUAGGGUGUGUUCUAGAGAAUUGUUGGUGAACAGAGGCUUGUGUCCGCUUUGUAAUCGUUCCAUUAAAGAGAUUCUCAAUAUUUUCUAA